AUUCUCUUGGGCUUCUCGGAUAACCCUAGGCUAGAAAUGACCCUAUUUAUGGCGGUUUCUGUCUUUUACACAGCCACACUAGUGGGCAACACCACCAUCAUACUCCUGUCUCACCUGGACCCCCACCUCCACACCCCCAUGUACUUCUUCCUCACCCACCUCUCCAUCCUGGACCUCUGCUUUACCACCAGCUGCAUCCCACAGAUGCUCGUGAAUUUCUGGAGUUCGGACAAGACCAUCAGCUAUUUGGGGUGUGCAGUCCAGCUCUACAUCUUCCUGGGACUCGGAGCUUCAGAAUGUGUUCUGCUGCUGAUCAUGGCCUUCGACCGCUAUGUGGCAGUGUGCCGGCCCCUGCACUAUGCAGUAAUCAUGCACCCACCCCUGUGUCACAAGUUGGCUUUCCUGGUCUGGGCAAGUGGGGUUUUUGGCACAUUGGUGCAGUCUCCCACUACCAUGAAACUCUCCUUUUGCCAUCACCACCAGGUUGACGACUUUGUCUGUGAGGUCCCUGCACUGAUCCGCCUGGCUUGUGGAGACACACAUGUCAAUGAGCUUCAGAUCUCAGUGAUUGGUGCCAUCUUCCUGCUGGGGCCCCUCCUGCUCAUCCUUGUCUCCUAUGGCCGUAUCACCCAGGCAGUGCUGGCCAUCCAGUCCCAGAAUGGAAGGAUUAAGGCCUUCCAUACCUGCUCCUCCCACCUGGCUGUUGUUUUUCUCUUCUACUGCAGUGUCACCGCUGUCUAUAUCCAACCCCGGAGUCAUUUUUCCCAGAAGGGAGGGAAAUUUCUAACUCUCUUCUACACUGUGGUGACCCCCACUCUCAACCCCCUCAUCUAUACUUUAAGGAAAAAGGACAUGAAGCGAGCUUUCAGGAGACUCCUAGGGAAAAACAGAAUGUCCAGUGAAGAGUGAGGAGGGGCUCAGACUCAAGGGGAAGUCAGCUUUUGUCCAGUUCAUUUGCUGAUUUGCAUGCAUGAGGACUCUCAAUCAUCAACUCUAAAGAAGAGAGGGGCCAAUUGCGUGCUUUGUACAGACAGUGGACUAAUGAAAAGUAAACGUGAUGCAGCUGGCAAUGUUAUUCUAAAACUUAAAUGUAGGAGAAACAUUGCUCUGAGUCAAGCUACCAUCAGGAAGUAGACACCAUUUUCAUUAUUAUAAAAAGGCAUGGGGUACUGGGUGGCUCAGUCAGUUAAGCAUCUGACUUCAGCUCACGUCAUAACCUCGUGGGUUCAA